AUGUUAGAAUUGCCUUUUAAGAAUCUCACACAUUUUGAAAAUGAGUUCAAAAAUGCUUUAAAAGAACUUUAAUCUACAGAAAGUACCCUUGAAACUUAAGCUGAAAAUAGGAAUUCUGUGAACUCUGUUUUUAUUUCAGGUUCAACCUUUGAACGAAUUAAAUCAGGUUCUAAGUCUAAAAGCUUUGCUUAUUUUCAAUAGAAAUAAGUUGAGAAAAUCAUUUAUAAAAGGUUCUUCAAUUUAAAAUAGCCUUUUGAAUAAAAUAGUGACUUAAUAUAUUAUGGUCAAUUUCAUAAUGAGAAAGCUCAUGGUUUUGGUAAAUUAGUUUCAAAAAAGUCUUCAAUUUUAUUUGAAGGACAUUUUAUCUUUGGAUAGAUCCAUGGUAAUGGAAGAUUAAUUUUAAGUAAAGGAGAUGUAUUUGAAGGAAGAUGGUUUUUUAAUAAAAUNGGACAUAAAUUAUUAGAAACGUAAUUUCUUUUCUUAAAUUUCAGUUUUAUUUGCCUGCUCAUAUUUAAAAGGUAAGGGAUGAACUUUUAGUACAAAAAAUUGUUAAUGAGAAGGUAGAGAAAUAUGAAAAUGAAAAGGAAUGGUUCCAAGGUAAAUUAAUUAAGCAGCAUAAAUUUGGUUUUUGCAAAUAUUACUUAAAAAAACAAUAUUAUUAUGAAGGAUAAUUUUCAUGUAGCUUGAAGCAUGGAAAAGGUUUAAUUAUUUAUGAAAAUGGAGAUUAUUAUGUAAAUUAUAUUAUUAAUAUAAGUAAGGAGAGUUUUUCGCUGAUAAAAUUCUAGGGGAUAACGGUAUGUUUAAAGAUUUUGAAGAUGAAUGCAAAAAAAAUACAAAACUUGAAAAAUAAAAACUAGAAUUUCCUAACGGUGCUAUAUACUAAGGUUAAGUUCUUGAUGGGAAAAGACAUGGUAAAGGUGUCUAUACUUGGAAGGAUGGUACUAAAUAUGAAGGAUAAUUUGAAAAUGAUUAAUUUAAUGGAUUUGGAAUAAUGGAAUUUGCAGAUAGUAGUAAAUUUAAAGGAGAAUGGGUAAAUGGAGAAAUGGAAGGAUUUGGACAUUUUGUAUGGCCAAAUUCUGAAGAAUAUAAGGGUUUUUAUAAAUAAAGCAAAAAAAAUGGUUUUGGAGUAUUUAAAUAUAAAAGUGGUAUUGUUUAUUUUGGAGAUUUUCUAAAUGGAUUGAAUCAUGGUGAUGCAGUGCUUAAGUAAAUAAAUAGCAAACCCAAAAUUUCUAAAUGGUAGGAUGGUAAAUAAAUUGAAUGA